AAAUAUAAUUUGGAAAACUUGAUUGAUUUCAAUAAUGACGCAUUGUAUAUUGCAAACUCAUGGACUCAUGGAGAGAAAGAUAAGGUUCCCGACUGGGGUGACUUUGAUGGAAAUGACAUGACUGAUAUUUCUUUUGAAGAGGCAAAGUCUGAGCAUAAACCACCUAUUACCGAGGGUAUGAACAGUUUGCAGCUUGAAGAUCUUAUUUUGGGUGGUGAAAGUUAUUCUAGGUCGUUUUUAGAUAAUGUCCCCACUGAUCCGUUUAGGUGGCUUUCUGAUUUUUCUCCACACCCAUCAACAUCAUCAAGUGGUACCAGAUCAAUCCGAGAAGAGAAUGCUAUAAAACUUGGUGAUAUUUUUCAUAAUAAAGAACAAUUGAAAGAUGUUAUGAAGCAAUUUGCCCUUCAGAAAGGAUUUCAAUACACGAUAAACAAAUCUGACACAAAGCGAUGGAAUAUUAGGUGCAAAGCUAAAAACUGUCAGUGGUAUAUAUCUGCAUCCAAAUCCAAGGUCGGUGAAGUAUUUCAAAUCAUUAAAAUGAAUUCAACCCACACAUGUUCAGUUGAUCAAAAAGUGUCACAUCAACGACAAGUUGGGACCGGAGUUUUAGGUCAAUUAAUAAGGUCAAAGUAUGUGUUGAUUGAUCGAAUUUAUCGACCUAAAGAAAUAAUUGUGGACAUCGCCGACCGGUAUAAAAUUGACAUUUCAUAUUCACAGGCUUGGCGGGCAAGAAAUUGGGCUUUAAAUUCACUGAAGGGCUCACCGGAAGAGUCAUUUAUGCUAUUACCAGAUUAUUGUUAUAAUUUACAGCGUAGUAAUCCGGGAACCGUUACUGCUAUUGAAACGGACGAUGCCCAUCGAUUUAAAUAUUUUUUUAUGGCAUUAGGAUGUUCUAUUUGUGCAUUUAGAAAAUAUCUUCGACCUGUUAUUUGCAUUGACGCUGCUUUCCUUAAAAGUCAAUAUCUAGGUCAUUUAUUUUUUGCGGUGGGCCGUGAUGGUAAUAAUCAGAUAUAUCCUAUUGGUUUUGGUGUUGGUAAAAAGGAAGAUCACGAUACAUGGUGUUGGUUUCUCAGAAAGAUUAAAGAAUGCAUCCAUGAGAUCCCCGAGUUGGUGAUAAUCUCGGAUCGACAUCAUGCUAUAUACUCUGCAAUGGUUGAAGUCUUUCCAAAUGUCCAUCAUGAAUAUUGUUGUCAUCACCUUUUGUGUAACAUGCGGGCAAAGUACAAACAAAACUCAAAGGUUGUUGGUGCAUAUUGGAAAGCUGCGAAAUCAUAUACAGAAACAAAUUUUAAGGCUAUGAUGCAAUCUCUUGAUACGAUGAACCCUCAAGCUGGGGCUUAUCUACGUGAGGUCGGAUUUGAACGAUGGAGCAGAGCACAUUUUUCGGAGCAUCGGUACAAUAUAAUGACAACUAAUAUUGCAGAGUCAUUUAAUGACUUUGUCAAACAUGCACGGGGUCUGCCUAUCACGAUGCUCGCCGAGUUCAUUCGCGGCACCUUGCAACGAUGGUUUUAUGAGAGGAGAAACCAUGCAAAUAAAUGCCCCAAUUUUGUCACCCCUUGGAUGGAGGAGAAGAUAAGUCGUCGUUUGUCAAAGUCUGCGCGCUUGAAAGUUCGGUCAAUUACACCUCAUCGGUAUCAGGUUAUUGCUUUUGGUGGAUACAUGGGUAUUGUGGACUCCGAUGAAAUGUCUUGUACGUGCAAAAAAUUUCAACUUUCACAUAUUCCGUGCGAGCAUGUUGUUGCUGUUACCAGAUACAUGAGUUUCACAAAUGUCAAUACAUGGGUUCAUCCAUUCUUCCAAACUGAGUUUUACCGUGCAAUAUAUGAGAAAUCUGUCAAUCCUCUUGGAAAUCAAUUAGAAUGGUUAUAUGCACCAGAAGAAAGAGUUAUCUUACCCCCGGUUUUUGAUAGUUGACGAUUGGGUCACCCUUUUAAUAGAAAUCGAUGUUCUUCAUAAGGGGAAAAUGUUAUACCGAGGAUUCGUAAUCGUUGUAAGGAACUAGGGCAUGUCUAAGCCCAAUACAAAAGCCAGCACCAAAGUCAUACCCAAAAGAGGUAUUUUUGUGUAAUCCUAACUGUUUUGGAUAAUUUUACUUAAACCCUCUUAAUUUAAGGUAUUGAAUAUUAUUCCCCUUUUAAGUUACAAAUUUCAAAUUAAACCAAAUUGUAACUCAUAUUUAUUUAUUUCUAAGUGAGCUUUCAUUUAGUACUUGAUAUUUUAUUUCUAAGUUCAAAUUUAUUAUUAUUAUUUUUUGUACCAUAUAAUUGUAAUAUUGUAUUAAAGCUGUAAAAUCUGUCUAGUGAUAAAUAAAUGGUGUGAACAAUUAGCAAUACUUUGUA